GGAAGAAGUAGAUAAAAAAGAAAAUUUAACCUGACUUUCGAAAAUUUAUGAAAUAGAAUUAUCUUUGACAAAGAAUUAUUUCUAUUUUGAAAUAUACAUUUAAAAUACAUUUCCUGUAAGUUACUGAAAAUAUGUCAGGAGAGCGAAAUCCGGGUUGUGAGCUGGAUUUGGGAUGGCUGAAUAGUGUUAACGUUAAUUUAACGGCUGUGAAUGAACUUGCCAAAAAAUUAAGCUCAUUUAGAGAAUUAAAAGACGAAUACCGGGCAGCGUGGAUUCUGAAAGCGAUGACUUGCAUAGACCUAACUACACUUGCAGGAGAUGAUACUCAGAGUAAUGUGUCCAGGUUAUGCUUUAAGGCAGCCAAGCCCGUAGCUGAAGAUCUUGAUGAACUAGGUUUUGAAUAUGAUGAAAAGUACCCAAUUCACACAGCAGCAGUUUGUGUAUAUCCGUCUAAAGUUGAUGAUGCUAUUCAAACUCUCAAGAAGAUGGGGAUGGCUGAUAGAAUUAAAGUAGCAUCAGUUGCAACUGGUUUUCCAAGUGGUCAGAUUCCAUUAAAAACACGAUUGGAAGAAAUUAGAUUUGCAGUUGAGAAAGGCGCCACAGAAAUAGACAUUGUGAUAGACAGAAGUUUAGUGCUGGUUAGUAAAUGGGAGCAAUUGUAUCAAGAAAUCCAAGUGAUGAAGGAGGCUUGUGGGUCUCAUGCACAUCUGAAGGCUAUUUUGGCUACAGGAGAGUUGGGAACUCUGGAUAAUGUAUACAAAGCAUCUCUUGUGGCUAUGAUGGCUGGCUCAGACUUCAUAAAAACUUCAACAGGAAAAGAGUCUGUGAACGCCACUCUUCCAUUUGGUAUUGUUAUGGCCAGAGCUAUAAGGGAAUACCAUGAAAAAAUGGGUUACAAGGUGGGAUUGAAACCUGCUGGAGGGGUUAGAAGUACUAAAGAUGCCUUGAACUGGUUAAUAUUAAUUAAAGAACUAUUGGGGAAAGAUUGGUUAAAUCCUGAAUUAUUUAGGUUUGGUGCUUCGGGUCUCUUGGGUGAUUUGGAGAGUAGUUUAUAUCAAUAUGUCACAGGAAAAUUUCCUGCAGGAUAUGAGUUUACAAUGUGAAAUUUUGGCUUUCAUUCUGAUUCAUUGUUGUCUCAAGAUUCAGAGAACAACAUUGUUGUCUCAAAAUUGGCACAAUGGUGUAGUUCAUGUUACAUUUACAAUUUACUUUUUUUUUAACACAACUCCUGUUGACAUCUUGACUAAAACAUUGACUUGAAUCAUUACUUAUUUUAGAUAUUUUGAACAUAAAUAAUUUUAUUCUAUAAAGUUACUAGGUUCCUUUAUGUUGGACCUAUUGUGUGAGAUAGUUUUUAGAAGAAAUUGCUUUUUUGUUUUAAUAUUUUACCAAUUGUUAUCUUGAUAUAGAGAAAUGUUAUGAAUAAAUUGUUUACCAUA